GAGUAACGAAGUCUUCCUGUUGUUCUACUGGAGAUUGAGAGCUUUAUACGGGUAAAUACUUUUCAUUUGCCCCCCACUCCCCGACUUAGGAACUUAUGUGCAUGGUAGAAAAAUAAAAAGUAGUGCAAACAUUAACAUCAAUAGAACCCAAAACCAAGUUUAAUUAUACUCUCUUUUUCGACUAUGCGGAAUUUUUUUUUAGUUUUCUUCUGUAAAAAAAAAAAGGACCCACGCGGAAUGACGCGCGUUACGACGUGUUUUUUGGUGGUGGCCAGCGUGCUGUUGACGCUGCUGGUCAGCCACACGAGCCAGGCGCUGUGCCCCUCCAACGGCAACACACACACCAUCUACGUCACGUCCAACAUGGGCAACAACAUUUGGUCGUUCGAUACGCAGGGGAAUUACCUCGGCGCCGUGCUGAACCAGCGCUCUUUUCCCAAGGACGUGGUGGUAGACAAGUUGCGCGCCAUGCGCUUCGGACCUGACGGCCACAUGUACGUCUCCAGCGCUCGUGGCUCGUACAGCCGCGUCUUCGCCGUGAGCGGCAACGGUUUGCUGAACGGCACCAUGGAGGUGAACUGCACGCGCAACUACCUCUUCACUGUCGUGGAGCAGGACAAGGAGAACCCCUUCUUGGACCACCCCUACGACAUCGCUUUUCACCCCGCGACGCACGACAUGUACGUGGCCAACCAGAACUCCGUGACCGUCACCCGCUACAAGCGCAGCACCGCGGACGACACAAAGGCCAGUUACGGCCGCAAGCUCGCCUGGAAGCCGGCGGGGAACGUCAAAGCGGCGACGGAGGUGAACGAGAGCACCGCAUCCGCGAUGAAUGCGGCGGCGGUGCCUGAGAAGGUGCCUGACAACGCCGGCCUCUUCGCCUCGUCGUGGAGCUCGGCGUACUCGAUGAGCUCCGUGCGUGGGUUGACCAUCUCGCCCUUUCUUCCGCGCUCCCUCGUCGAGGAGGGCAACAGCGCCGGCGUCUUUUCUGUCUCAAACUCCUCGAUGAUGUAUUACCUGCUCGUGUGCGAUGCGACCGGCAACACCGUCCACGUCUUCAACGCUGAGACGGGCGAGCGCCUCUUUGGCAUCAACGUCCCGUCACCGAUCCAAGUGAUGUUCCCCAGCCGCUACUACGCCGACAACGCGGAGACACCUUUUGUAAGGGGUAACGGCGCCAUGGUGCGGCGCUUCGAGGUGCCGUACAUCUACGUGACCAGCAAGGAUGACGGUCUCGCCUACAUGGUCCGCUUCGGGCCGCACCUGACUUCCGCCACCACCAACGGCCAGCAGCGCGGCACCUUCGCCGAGGAGUACAUCCGCGCCCACCGACUGUACACGAUCAACCGCCCUGUUCCACUGCACGCAGCCAGCGGCAUCUACGAGAACUCCGCCCGCGACAUCCUCUUCAUUGCCGAUCGCAACGGCCGCCGCAUCUCCUCCUACGCGUCACCCUUCCUCACCGACUUCACGGGCAGCUACGGCCCCUCGCCCUUCCUGGGACCCUUUGCGAAGAACCUCCCCGACCAGCCGGAGUUCAUCAUGUCGGCGCUGCUGGAGCACCAGGAGAACAUCCCGUUUUGCUAUGAGCUGAACAGCGAGGGCAAGUUCCGCUACGUAGCCCUCUGCACAGCCGCCUCGAUCUGGUCUGUCGUAUUUGGGGUAAUUCUCGUUCUGGUGCCGCUCUUUAUUGUGUUCCGCCAGAUCCAGUACUGCACCCGCGCGCGAGAGCGCCACAAUCGUCGUAUGCACAACGAGGGCGGCGAGGGGGUGUCGGGCGAUGCGAGCGCGCCGCUGCUCGGCCAUCAGGUCCCCAACUACGGCUCCGCCGCCAAGUGA